CUGAAAAGAGCAGAUCCCAUAAUGUAAUAUGGCGUCUCGCACGGUUGAACGAGACGUCAUUUUUGAGCGAUUCGAUCGACUGCAUUUGCUUAAUUAAAGUUUCAAGUAGUCUUGCGUACUUCAAGUUUCAGUGUUUAUUAUUAUUAUUGUACGUUUAUAUGUCAUUGUGAUUCCUUCACCAUUGUGUCUGGUGUAUACGAACGAAUCUUUCGUUGACAAAUAACCUAAUGAGAGAUAUGGAAGAGACGUAUUUGGACGACGGACCUGCGGUAAAUUUCGAAAGAGCCACUUUAGAAAUCGCUAAUACCGAUUCUGUCAAAUCUACUACAGAAAGUGCGGAUGAGACAUCAAAGCGGAAUUCCGCUUCGAAAAAUGUGUGUCAUGUGCCGUUUAAACAUAUAGACGUUCAUACAUUCUUCACCGAUAGAAAUGAAGUUGUGGAAAGAGCGAUAAAUGACUGCACUGAAAAUCUGAUCAAGGAAAACGACGAUGAGCUUGUAGGAAGCUGGCUUUUGACAGAAAUAAGUCUGUGGGAUACAGAAAAGGAGAGACUAGUUUUACUAUCGACAAAAGCUCUUUACUCUGUAAAAUAUGAUUUUAUUUCUCUAAAAAUACUAGAUUUUAAUCGAAUACCUAUAUCAUUGUUUGAUACAAUAACUAUAGGAGAAUUGAUUUAUCCAUCUACUUCUCUUGCACCACGAUUAAGUGGAUUAGCAGAAGGUGUGUCGUCUGUAAUUCAUUGUGCAGUACGUCAAGAAUGGUCGUCUAUCACAGGUUGCUCUAGUCUUACUCAAUUUGAACCUAGGAAGCGGCAUAUGUCAGGAAUAAGACUUUUGUGGAAUAGAGGGCAACCUCUGCCUCUUAUAAAAAAGUGGAAUCCAUUUGCAAAAGAUAUACCAUGGCUUACAUAUACUAGUCAUCCAUUAUUUUGGUAUAAAGCUGGAACUGAAAUUGUCAAAACGAGAUUUGACAUAGAAGCCUUUCAUACUACGCUCAAAACUUUAUUAUCGCCUGAAUGCAAUGUUGUUAAUAUGCCGAUCAUUAUAGAAAAUUAUUGCGGUCUUGGUGCCUUGGUGCACAAUAGAAAUGGCUUAGGUUUUUUUAAAAUACGCGGCAAAGUCAGUUUCUAAUUUCUCCAAUGCCAUGUCUUGCAAACUCUAAGAUAUUUCUCUAAACUUAAUAUUUUUUCUUCUAUUUUUGGAAAUCAUUCUUUUUACAUUAACUUGUAAUGUUCUUUAAUAUUUUACUUACAAAAUAUUUAAAAAAGAAAAAAAUAGCAAUUAUUACACAUAUACAUAUAUAUAUACACGAAAUCACUUUUAUGAAAAACUAUUAUGUAUUAAGCAAAAUCUCGAUACAGUAUUUUUAAAUUUGCUUAAUUAU